GAAAAAAAAAAAUUGUGUAAUGUUGCGGUUGCUGUGGUUCCUUUUGGAGUCCUUGCCCUAACUCAAACUCUUCAACAACAUUGGAGUCCUUGCGUGCGGAUUGCUUGCGAUUGUUUUCGAAGUCCUUUCUCCUUUCCAUUCAAAUUGAAUUUGUUUUUCAUCUAACAAAAAAAACAUCGUUUCCUUGGCCUGGAUUGUGGGUUGUGUGUGUCUAUCGCUAGAUCAAGAUAAAGAUCAAGACUAAGAUCGUUGUUUCAGUUUGGACGCUCAGUUCAAGCAAGUUCAAGUUGGAGUUGGAGUCGCAAGUCAAAGUUUAUUCUGAUUCUGGCAACGUUUGAGCUGGUUGAUGACCUUCCACUUAUUAUUAAUUACGAACGCCAUCUCCGAAACAUCUUAUAAGUCGUGCGCCUCUUACAUCCACGUGUCGGCGGCGCCGCCCGCCCGGCCGCGACCGCGCCGCUCCGCCCUAGAGGACAUCGACGAUCACGCGGCGCUGAUCGGCCUACAGGCGCUGACUCUGAACCUCGCCUCGGCCAACCGACUCUCUGAGGAGCCCGAGCCCCGCAAGAAGUGUCUGAAGCCUCUCAGCAUCUCCACGGCGCGCAAGACGCCCGAGAAACACGUCUCGAUUAGCCCUCAGUCGGCCACGCCCCGGAGCGCAGUCUCGUCGUCCCCUCGCAGCCGUCCGUCGCCGUCCCGCAGCGAGUCGUCGGGCUUCCAUAGCCUGCCCAGCCCGGACGGGCUCAGCUCGUGCUCGGAGGGCUCCUCGGGCUGCUGCGGCCAGCGCGGCCGCCUCUUCACCAAUCACAGCAACAUGGAGGUCAAGCCCAGUGACAGCCUGGAAUCGGUCAACACUCGCUCAUCGGGCCAGUCGCGUCAGAACAACCGGCCGCGUCAGGGAACGCCGCAGUCGCGCCAGGGUACGCCGCAGUCGCGCCGCGGCACGCCGCACUCGCGUCACGGCACGCCGCAGCCGCGCCACGGGACGCCGCACGCGCGCCACUCGGUGCAACACCUGCGCCACGGCACGACGCAGAGGGACAGCCUGAAGGGCUUCGAGGAGUACGCCACCAUCUUCGACGUGCAGCAGGGACUGAAGAAGGGUCAGCUGGUUGAGGGUGUGUUGCGGAUCAACCCAAAGAGCUACAAAGACGCCUAUAUCAGCGCGCCGGACGGUCUGACGGACAUCUACGUUGGCGGAGUCCGUGAUCGCAACCGGGGCCUGCACGGCGAUGUGGUGGCCGUACAGUUGCGGCCGCCAAAUGAAUGGAGGGUAUCUGAGAACGCGCUCGUCACUCAUCUCGUCACCAAUGGCACCGUCUCCGACCUGGAGACGCUGUACGGCUCCGACGAGAUCCUGCAGAAGUACGCCCCCAAGCUGGACGAGAUUCUGCCCGAGCGCUUUCCGCGUCCCCUGAGACUCGGCUCCGGACACACAGCUGGUUCUGAGAAUGAUUUGAAGAAGGAAGCACCCGCCGAGAGCGACCCUGCGCCGCAGAAGGCCGUGCCUGACGGGCCGGUUGGUGGCGAUAGCGGAGAGGAGUCCGAUGAUAUCGUGGUCGAGUCGGUGACGAUCGAACCGCCGACGGAAGGGAAAGCAGAGGAGGUAAAGGAAGAAAAGGAGGCGCCUUCAGCGGAAUCAGCGGGCCAGGCGGGCUCCACGGAGCCAGCUAGUGUCUCAGGGGACGCGGAGACAGCGGGGGAUCAGACGGGUCCAGCGGAGACGGAUCCGGCCGAGCAGUCGGCUGAGGACGGGUCGCAGAAGCCCCGCCGGGGCACCCGCGCCGGCCGCGGCCGCCGGCGUCGCCAGCAGGAGUCGGUGGCGGCGCGGCUGGCCGCCCUCAGCCUGACCUCGGCUCCCGACGGGACGAGUGACGAGCGCAGAGACACGCAGGGCGCGGCCAGUGCCAAACGUAGCGGUAGCAGCGAGACUAACCCGGGCCCCUCGGCGGUGGAGACCAAAGAGCAGGGAGCUCAGUCCGCCCCCGCUGAGGGGGCCCGCGAUGUUGUACAUACGGAGCGAGUGGAAAGUGUGGAUAAAUGCACGGAAGAUGCGGAUGAAUAUGUGGAUGAUUGUACUGAGGACGGAGCAGGGAGUUCAGAGCCGUCCUCGGCAAAGAAACGUAGCCGCCGUCCGCUGAAGAAGAAGGCGCAGCACUUGGCCACGGCUGGAGAGACAGCGGAGGGUGGCACUCCCGGCACUCCUGGUACUCCACGGACGCCGGGAACUCAUCAUCACCACCUACAUCACCAUCAGCAUCAUCACCAACACCACCACCAUCACCAGCAUGGUGCUACGCCCAACCGGCACCAGAAGAACGACAAACAGAAGGAGAAGCCCAAGGACGGCAGUGCACUGGGUGUAACGGUGGAGCGGGCACUGGCACACCCCGAGUGGGGACGCUUCGUACAGCGAACGGCUAAGGUGGUGCACAUUGUGGAGCCGAAACACCCUCGGCGCGCGGUAGGCGAGCUGCGCCAGUUCCCGGACGGCAGUCGCCACCAGGCCAUGUUCGCGCCGCGCGACCACCGCGUGCCCCGACUGAAGGUAGCCGCCGCCGACUGUCCGGCCGACUUUUUCCAGCAGCCGCAGCUGUAUGCGCGCACACUCUUCAUGGCCGAGAUCACCGAGUGGACCGAGCCCGGCUUCGCCAGGGGCCGUCUGUCUCAGCUGCUCGGCGACACGGGCAGUGUUGAUGUGGAGAUGGAGGCCAUCCUGCUGGAGCACGGGGUCGACACGCGCGAGUUCGGGCCGCAAGAUCUGCCCGGCCUGCCCACCGUGCCCUGGAGCAUACCAGCAGACGAGAUCGAGCGACGACGCGACUUCAGGAAGGAGUGUGUCUUCACCAUCGACCCUCUGACGGCCCGGGAUCUGGACGACGCCGUGUCUUGCCGUCGACUCGAGUCGGGUGACUAUGAGGUGGGCGUCCACAUUGCCGACGUCAGCUACUUCCUGAAGCAGGGAGUGCCGGCGGACCUGACGGCCGCGCAGCGCUGCAACUCCGUCUACCUGGUGCACAAGGUGAUCCCGAUGCUGCCCCGGCUGCUCUGUGAGGACCUCUGCUCACUGAACCCGGCAGAGGACCGACUGGCGUUCUCCGUGGUCUGGAAGCUAGAUACCGAGGGCCGCGUCUUUGACGAGUGGUUCGGACGUACCGUGAUACGCUCCUGCACCAAACUGGCCUACGAGCACGCUCAGCGCAUUAUCGAAAACCCUGACAAUGAGCCGGGAGAGGAGGACCUGCCGCCGAUUGACGGCGGCUGGAGCCGGAAGGAUAUCGCCGAGCGGGUCCUGGUGCUCCACAAAAUGGCGCAGUGUAUGCGCCAGCGCCGGACCGACGACGGCGCGCUGCGUCUGGACCAGCCCAAGCUGUGCUUCCAGCUGGACGGGCCCAAGGGGGCGCCCACUGGGUUCUACACGUACAACCAGCAGGACAGCAACCGUUUGAUCGAGGAGUUCAUGUUACUGGCCAACAUGGCCGUGGCGGCGCGCAUCCUGCGCUCCUACCCGCAGCUGUCGGUGCUGCGCCGUCACACGCCGCCGCAGGAGGGACCGCUGGCGGACGCCGCAAGACUGCUAAAAGGUGUCGGACUCGAGAUUGACGUGGAGACGAGCGGCACGGUGCACGACUCGCUACAGGCGAUGGCCGCCGCCUGGCAGGCCGAGCUGCCGCCCCAGGAGGCCAUCGCGCGCAUGGCUGUGGUCGUCAACCUGCUCAGUCGGCCUAUGAACCCGGCCGAGUAUUUCUGCUCGGGCGUUCUGACGGAGGCCGCCCAGUACCGGCACUACGCUCUCAGCGUGCCGCUGUACACCCACUUCACGUCUCCGAUCCGCCGCUACCCAGACGUGCUGGUCCACCGGCUGCUGGCUGCCGCCCUGCAGUACGAGCCGCUGGAGCAACUGCCGCCCAUAAUCGUGCAGAGACUGUGUGUGCGCUGUAAUGAGAAGAAGCUGUCUGCGCGGCUGUGCUCGGAGGCGUGCUCGCUGCUCUUCCUGGCCCACAUGGUGGAUCUGUGCGGCCCGAUCCGGCAGCCCGCCAUUGUGAUGGGCGUGCUCGACAAGAGCUUCGACGUGUUCAUACCCGAGAUGGCCAUCUCUCGCCGGGUGUACAUCGAUAAGCUGGAGGUGGAAUCGGUCGAGUUCACCAAACAGACCGGCGUGCCGCGUCUGAAGCUCACCUGGCGUGCCACAGACACAGAGCCGGCCGUCGACCAGAUAAUCGAGCUCUUCACCCCCGUCACCGUGUCUCUAGAGGCCACCGACAUGCCGCUCAAGUUCAGCACGGUGGCACUGCGGCCGGGCGCGGCGGUGGAUGGCGAGGGAGCCGCUCUCCAGCCCGUGGAGCGCCGCUGUGUGCCCACGGCAGAGCUGGACGAGGCGUGAUGACGGCCACAGCGGUAGAGAGCUGUGGGGAGGGGAGAGAGGUGGUGAUAGAAUGAUGAGGUCGGUAUAGAAGGUGAAGGGUAGACCCGUAGAUCAAAUGGUCAUGUCGAGAUCUCUGGUUUUGAACCCAUGGACCACCCAGUUUUCAGACCGGUACCACCCAGUGUUUGAGCCGGACGAUCACUAGAAUUAAGAGCCAGAAGGGCGCCGGUCUUCCGGCAGGUGGAUCCCUGCUGCCUGAUUCCCGAAUUGGAAGCAGGGUGAGGGGUGGUGGUGUGGUGCCGUGAGCCACUAGUAGGAAAGGCGGUAGCUAAUGGGAGGUGCCAGAGCAGUGUGGCCGGGAGCUGGAUGAAGUUUGGUGUCGGGAGUGAGGGGUGCGCUUUUGGGAGAGCUCGACGGAUCGGGCAGCCAAAGUCAGAGGUGUGUGAUUCGGGGGUGACUGGCUGAGGCUGUAGGGGUUGAGGGAGGUGGGUACGAUCGCUAAAAGGUUGUGCUGGUUGAGCCGAUGUGCCGAGCGCCCGUCUGUGUGUCUGUGUGUGCGCGCGAGAAGCGAUGAGUGUUCUAGGUGCUAGUCGAACUUUGUGAUGGCUCCGGAUCAAUUGAACUGAAAGAAUCGCCGGUGCCAACAGGCCAUAAACCGUGACUGGUCGGUAUUUUGGUACUCGACCAGUGAGUCGUUGCGGUGUUUUACCAUGCCCUUGUUGUGCUUUUUGUUUCGACUAACCAUCUUCAUCAACUGUUUUGAUUUACCGCGAUCGUCAGUGAUUUUGUAUUCGGAAGGUAGAACAUCUUUUGUAUUGGUGAUGGUCGACCUCCUAGCCCGUUUUUUAGCUACACAAUAUCACAGUCGUCAUGUGCAAAUUGGGAAGGUACUAUUAUCGCAAAUGCUGACAUAAUAAAUUGGCGCACAAAGCCUUCGUA